AUGCAGCCAGUCGCUUCGUCCUCCAAGAUGAGGCUACCGCGGCGGCCGGCACGGAUAGCUGCCUCGACAGCGACGUUCGUCCUCGCCCUCACGGCACCGUAUCUCGCCGCAGCACGACCGCUGCCGGACAGCUCGACUGCGACUGACCCCGCCGCUACGGCAACCCUCCCCACUCUCCUUCACCCGACCCCCUUCGCUUCCCCCUCUCAACAUUCACCUCCUUCCACUUUGACUGAAUCCGCAUUGCUCGCGACUUUGCGCGGAUUACAACGUCUCGUCCAAAUCUCGGAUGGCUUCUUACAACAGAGCGCCAACCCAGAUUGGCCUGAUAUGGACAUGAGCCGUAUGCCGGAGGCCCAGGCCGUAGUCAACGCGCUUCCGAAGAACCUCAACUUUCCGAAGGGUUUCGUUGUCCUUGAGCAAGAGAUGACCCCGGGCUUCAUCGUACUCUCGUACUUCAUCUCGCUCGUCGGAUCGCUCUGCACCCUCGAGCUACUCAUUCGUCGAACGUCCAACCGAGGACUUUCGAACAUUGCUUUCUUAACCGCCGCAGGCAUAUGUUUCGGUGCCGUGUCUACCUUCGCCAUGCACUUCGUCGGCAACCAAGCUCUCGCCCUUUACCACCCCCUCGACCCGAAGCGACAUGCGCUUUACCUCACCUACUCGGCCGGCUACACUGUUUUGUCCAUGGUGGCAUCGUGUCUGGCCAUGAUUUUCGCCUUCUUCGUCAUGGGUACGGACGUCAGUCUGGGUUCGCGCCCGCGCAUUUUCAGACGGAGGAACUCGUUGGAGCUGCGAAGGCACGAAACGAUCGAGCGCUGGAAGGCGCAGCGCCCUCACCUCAAGGCAACGAAUGUGGACACCAUUUUCGCCCAAGCUGGCAUGAGCGGCGGCUGGUCUCUUUCUAGCCAAACUCCGUCAACGACGCGCCGAACAUGGUAUCAGAAGCUCUUGGGGCGAGAUGCUCCACCAGAGUCUCGUUUUGGAGACUUUGAGGACGACGAUGUUCUGGAUGAGUCUUCGCUCGUGAAGCGUGACAAGGAUCUGGAUGAGCUCAACUUCCGCCUGGGCCGUGAGGCUGUUCGCGCAGAGCUUGAUCGCCGGCAGAUCCUCGGUGCAGCGCAGUUGCCCGCCACCGAGUCACCGGGCACAACGCCGAACACCUCGCUGCGUGGCAUGCCCAUGCACAUGACGAUGGGUCUUGGCGGCACUUCUGCGUUUCCCAAGUCUCCCUUGGCCCCAUAUUACUCCGCGGAGGAUACUGCGCUUGGCACUAUCAAUUCCACGCGGUCCCGCACCCCGCCUUCCCCGAUGAAUGAACUGUUCGCCACAAGCUACCAGUUCCCGCCCAGGUCUACCCCUCACCCCGUGGAUUCGCAGACUCAUCUGAUCCCGAAAUCAGAUGGGUCCACUUCGUCCCUCGUGUCAUCCGUGCCUACCUUUCCCCGCCCCUACGCACCCAUCCUUGAGAGCACGACGCCUGCUCAGAUCUACGCCCCGCCCCAGCACAUCGCGACUGGUCGCCGAUCGUCGUACCCAGCCCUUGCAGCCACCCCGCUUCCGCGCGCUCCCCCUACAACGGCUCUGGCUAGGAUCCAGAGUCUGCCCGAGAACGAUGCCGACAGUAACGGUGGCCCCUACCGCGACUCGUCCGAGUCGUCCAAGGAUAAUCAGGCCAACGGCUCCGGGUCAGACGAGAAUACGAUCGACUUGCACAUCGAUCACCUCGAUCACGUCCUGUACGAUGACGAACCAUUCCGCCUGCGCAAGGUCGGAUGGCGUGAGGAGCUGCGUGACAAGAUCCAGGCCGGCGCACCUCUCACGAAGCGCGAGAGGGCGUUGCGUUUCUUUGGUCUCGACAUCGUUACGCUGAGCGACAUUGUUAAGGUUGUCCUUACAGGCACGUUUGCUGGUUGGGGUGUCGCCGCCAUGCACUACGUCGGCCAGAUCUCCAUCAACGACAUCCCAUACAUCGGCUACCGCGUUGCCUACGUCGUCGGCUCGGUCGUCAUCGCCUCCGGCGCCGUGUGCGUUGCGCUCUACAUCAUGUUCAUCAUGCUGCGUCCGAAGCUCAAACACUCCUGGGUGUCCAAAAUCGUCGUUGGCCUUAUCCUUGCUGGCGCCGUUUGCGGCAUGCACUACACGGCGAUGAUGGGCACAAUUUACGGCUGGGAGGCGGACAAGAGGCCCGACAAAGGUGCGGAGUCAAGCGCCAACAAGCGUGCGAUCACCGGCCUUGUCGCUGCACUCGCGUUCGUGGCAUGCCUGGGAGUCGCUACCUUCAUCCUCGUGAACUCGAUCCGUGACAGGAAAGAACGCGCGCGCCGCCGCCGCAUUGUCGUCGCGUCCGUUCUACUCGACGAACAGGGUCGCAUGCUUGUCAGCGCCAUCGACGGUCUGCUGCCGAUGUGCGACAUUGCUUCCCUUACCCCGCGUGACGUAAAGAAGAAGAACCAGAAGAACGUCCACGACCAGCUUGACCUGACAACCGCUAACGACGCGUUCGUUCAGUCCCUCAAGAUGUCGUGGUCGUGGCGUAACCCCUUUUGGUCAGCCAUGAACCCCUUCGCGUCCGUCACAGACCUGCUCACGGGUAACUCGACGGAUGACAUGUCGACUGAGAUGUCGGGCUUGGGCUUCAGUCACCCUACCCUCGGCCGCCGACCCUCAACGUUCACGAAUGCCGAGUCUGUUGUCUCGGGUCACUCACAGCCGACGCAGCGGCUCUCGGUUGCCCGCUUCCUGGAGCGCUUCGCUCUCGCGGCGACGCAGCUGUCGGUCCGCCUGACCGGCCAGCAGAACGGCAUCGGCCGUCUCGGUGUGCUCUAUGAUCACAUCUUGACGACGGGCUGGGUGAACCUGAGCAAGAAUGAGCGGGUGUCGAAGGGCCAGCUGAUCUUCCUCGUGCGCCGCAUCUCGUCUGUACGUGAGAAGUCGGACCUGCUUUCGAGGCACUUCAUUUUCGCACCUCCUUCUGCCGUUGCGACCGCCCUGCACAAGACGCUGUCGACGCCGUAUAACAACGUGAUGCCGUUGCUGGAGGACAUGCGCGGUUUCGUCGACACGAGCAUGCGCAUGACUCUCCGCCCCAACACGCUGUACGCCGGUGUCGUUGUCGUGCAAGCCACGCCUUUCGAUGGCCUCCGCAUCCUGCUCGACAAGCAGAACCGCUCCCAGCUGCCCAUGCGCGAGGUCUGCACCUUCUCAACUCUGUCUGGUCUGCCGGUCAACGCAACUCGCGACGAGGUCCUCUCCGGUACUCUCGAGGAGAUUGGUGAGGCGGCGAGCUGGCUCGAAGGCAUGACUCUGCUCUCGGUCAUCUCGCGCAACAUGAACCCGGAAGGCACUCGUGUCGGUGGCCCUCGUGUUGGCCGCCUUCUCUCUGCGCUCGAGCGUGCUAUUAUUCCGCUCAUGGACGACCUGCUGUCUCAGGACGACAUGGCGUACAUCCUGCCCCGUCUGCAGCUUCACCCGCUCCUCGUGCCCCUGACUCCCGCGACGCCCGGUGUCAAUGGACACCCCGGCUGGGCCGCGCCGCACAUGCUGGUGUUCUACGCCAACUACGACUUUGCGGUGCGCUCGUUCGCUGAGGAGUGGGCGCCGUUCUCUCUCUUCCGUGCGCAGAACGAGUGCGUCAUGGCCUCCAAAAUCAACCGACUGGAGCGUGCUGCUGAGGCAGCUGCGGCGUUGCAGCGCACCACCCCGCGUGCGCCCUCGCCCACGCUUCUGCCCGGCACGCCGCUGCCGCCCUUCUCGCCUCUGCCCGCGGCAUCCCCUCUGCCGCCGGGCACGCCGACGGACGUCGCAGCGAAAUACAACUUUGGCCGCCGCCCGAGCAAGGUGCAGUUCCAGGAGCCCGACCCGCGAGAUGCGCCGAGCCCCGUCCCCACGAACAGCGACACAGUGUCGAGUCGCGAGCGACCUGCGCCGCGGCGCUCGUCCCUCGCACGCACCGCUGUUAUGAGCAGUACGGCCGAGAGCCCGAUGAUCGGCGUAGGAGUGUGGGACCCGAACUGGCUAGUCCACCUUCUGCGGACGCACCUGCGCGCCGAGCCCGAGAUGAUCGGAAAAGAGACGGAGCAGGAACCCGCAAUGACCAUGGCGAUCAGCGUCUAG